AUGUCUGUUGACAUCGAUCCCCAGGAGCUUUCCUUUAAGCGUCCUUUCAACCAGGAAGUCUGCCAGGUUCUUCGUCUUGGCAACACCACCCAAGAACCUCUGGUUUUCAAGGUCAAAACCACCGCCCCAAAGCACUAUUGUGUGCGCCCCAACUCGGGUCGUGUGGAGCCUGGUAAACAGGUCGAAGUUCAAGUCCUCCUGCAGGCUAUGAAAGAAGAGCCAGCUUCUGAUGCGAAGUGCAAGGAUAAGUUUUUGGUUCAGUCUGUCGCAGUCACUAAGGACAUGGAGUUCGCGAAUGUGACGUCAAUUUUCGAAAAGGCCUCGAAGUCCGCCGUGGUCGAGCGCAAGAUUCGAGUUGUUUGGUUGGCCCCUACCGAGGUGAAGGAGGAACCGCUUGACGAUGAGCCCCCAUCCUACCCCUCUCCUGGCGCAACUCCUGGUGAUCCCCGAUCCCUCCUCCCCGAAUUCUCCGAAAAGCCCAGCUCCGAAUCCCCACCGCUCCACGACACAACCAGCACUUUCAACAACGCCAAGACCGCCAUUAUUAACGCCCUUCCCUCGAGCGAUGACCUGAAGUCUCAGCUUGCCGAUGCCAAUGCGCAAAUCCAAAGGCUGAAGGACCGUCUGGCAGAUCAGGGCUUGCGGCAGCGGAAGACCGGUGGCGAGGCCAAGGCUGCCCCCGCGACAAUGCAGCAGACACACACCCAGGGCGCGACCGGUGUACCACUCCAGGUCGUGGCUGCGCUCUGUCUAAUGAGCUUCUUGAUCGCCUAUUUCUUCUUCUAG